CUGAAAUCGAAGAUAUUAAUAACGGAAAACAGGACAUCUAUAGAAGAAGACGGAGUUAUCGUCAAAUGUUAUUCCAAAAAGAAGGAAAUAUACAAAAAUGUUCAUUAUUUUCUUCAACCGAGAAGGUCAGAGGAGAAGCGAGAGAAAUUCCAGGAGGAGCAUGCGGGGCGGCGGCACGAUAUGCUCAGCGUCCUCAUCAUGGGCACGGACUCGGUAUCGCGCGCCAACAUGCGGCGCAACAUGCCCAGGACGUUCGCCUUCCUGAAGCGCCAUCCCGACGUCCUCGACUUCCGGGCGUUCAACAAGGUCGCGGACAACACGAACCCGAACAUCGUGGCCUCGCUGAUGGGCCUCACGCAGAAGGAGCUGCAGGAGGUGUGUCAGCCGCGGAAGACCAAGUACGACGACUGCCCCCUCAUCUGGAAGAACUUCUCCCGCGCCGGCUACGUCACCCUCUACGGCGAGGACAGCCCGCUCUUCGGGGCCUUCCAGUACCACCGCUUCGGCUUCGUCCGCGAGCCCACCGACUACUACAACCGGCCGGCCAUGCUCGCCGCCGACCGCCUCACCAAGCACAACGCGGGCCAGCAGAACGUCAUGGGCCUCUGCCUGGGAGGAGCCACGGCGAUCUCCGUGAUCCACAAGUACUCGCUCAUGGCCGCCGACGCCCUGCGAGACACGCCCUACUUCGGCUUCUUCUGGAACGCGGGGAUGACGCACCAGAGGGUCGAGUGGGCGUCGGCGGCGGACGAACCUUCGCUCCAGUACUUGAAGGCGCUGCAGGAGAGCGGCGUGCUGGACCACACCAUCGUCUUCUUCGUCAGCGACCACGGCAUCAGGUUCGGGAACAUACGCCAGACCUACGCAGGCUUCCUGGAGGAGAGACUGCCCUACUUCUUCGUCUUCUUCCCUCCCUGGUUCAAGGACAGGUUCCCCGCGGCCUGGCGGAACCUCGUCACCAACACAGACAGACUCGUGUCCAACUUCGACUUCCACGUGACGCUGAGGGACAUCUUGGCCGGAGCCUUCGGGAACCCCUCGCGCGACUUACCGCCUCUCCGACAUGGCCAGAGUUUGUUCGACGAAAUCCCGGUGAACAGAACGUGCGCCGACGCCACCGUUCCUGAACAUUACUGCACCUGUGAACAACAGAGCGAGGUGUCCCUUGACGACAAGAUACUGCUGGACGCUGCGAACUACAUUGUCUCUGAUUUGAACAAGCAACUCGCGAGAUUUAAGGAGUGCGCGCAAUUGUCUGUUCAGAAGAUCAUACGAGGUCAAGUUGGGUCAGGCAGAGAGAAGAUCCACGCGACCUCUGUCAUCACCGUUGUCUUUGAGACUCUGCCAGGUGAAGGAAUGUUGGAAGCGACAGUCACACACCACAAAAAUAAAUUCGAACUGACGGCAGAAAUUUCCAGAAUCAACAUGUACGGCAACCAGAGCCAUUGCAUAUCGGAUCCCUUCUAUCAAAAAUAUUGUUAUUGCAAUGACCUGCUUCCCGUUUCCCUGACGGCGAUGGAGUGACGAAGAGCGACUGGUGGUUAGCGGGUUUAUUGAAUUUUGUUAUUUCUUUUUCAGAUUAAUUGGUGAGUGCAGGGAUAUUUUUUUCUCUUUCUGUUGAGAAAAAGAACAGGAACAAUGUAGUUAUUUUUUUCCCUAGGAAUUACAUAUGGACAGCGAGUACUGUUAAUAAGUAAUUCAUGACUGUUGACCAAUAAAAGUUGUUGGUUUAGAAAUCUAGGGGAAGGAAACCAAGAACUAGAAAAAUAAUACUAUAUUUUGGGUACCAUGACUUCAAGUGUUCCCUUCACCGUGGCGUGUUUCUGUCUGCCUUACUCGCGACUCGUCUCCUCCCGGCAGCGCGUCAAGGCCCAGCUUAUCGUACCGCAUACACCUUUAUAGCCCUAAAGAAUAAUUCCAGAAGACAUACCUCAGCUACAUAGUCCCCUUAAUUUUGCACAUACUUAGGCUGUACAAGACAUUGGAUAUAACUAGUGCGACGUAACUGCUGGUUCGGUCAAUCAGCGCGAGGAUUUGAGGGCAGGCAGCACGACGAUUGCAAAGGCAGAUUGCAAGCUUCGUGAGGAAGAUGGGUGUACAGCCAGUAAGAUUUGCUCUGAUGGGCAUUGUGGUUUUGUUUUACACACAUGGAAUGCUUUCCUAUUAAGGCAACGAGAGGUAAGCAUCCCCUUUUCCUUCGCCUUGAAACCACGGUAAAAUAAUAAUGAAGAUGAUCAGCCAAUUAAUCUAAUCAUGAUGAAAGAACAAUUAAGCUUUAACCUAUGAUUCUAGCAUGUGAUGUGCCAUCGGGCUCAAGCCAACCAGAUCUCAGUUGCCAUUAUAACAUUAUUUCCUACACGUGUAAAUAAACCACGUGAUCUUAUGUGUGAGACGUCUGGUUUUGUUCAAGUAAUAUGACAAUUUGACUCGAAGGGUGUUCGUACGUCUGGCAGCUCCGAUGGUCCGCUCACGAAACUUGAAAUAUACCCUGAAAAAAGUAUAUUCCGAAAGGGCCUGAGUCCUUAUCCAUAUAUUUCUAAUUCUUCCCCUCGUCAUUUAUUCACGAGGCGCAACCACAGGGAAGUCCAAUAUGCGAAGCUGAGCCUCGCCCGGGCUAUGGGGGAGCCCGGCCUGUGCCGACUAAUGUCGACUCGCUAACAGUGUGUCAGCAGGUGCUGACACGGAUGAGCUUAGUCCUUACCCACCGUGGUGCCCAGACACAGCAGUAACCUCCAGCCACAGGGAAUCAGGCAGACGUCUUUUAUGCUCCGUCCAGUCUUAGGAAAGGACUAACUGGCAACUCAAUCCAGACUAUGGCAUACUCCGAUUCGUAAAGUUUUCUUUUAAGAUGAACUGGUGUAAAGCGAUAGAGAUAAUGUAUGUGAUGUCUUUUUCUAGACAUAUGUAAAGAUUUUUGUUGUCUUUUUUUAAUUCUAGACAUGUGGGUAAUAACUUUCAGCUUCUAGACAUGUGUUUUUUUUCUUUGUUUUUGUUUUCGUCAAUUCGUAUUUAUAGUUAAAUUAGUACUAUUACAGCUGCUGAUGUUGCUGUAUAACCGUAAUAAAUAGAAUAUGAAUAAUGAUUAUACUCGAUCUGUAGUGACAGUGUAGUGAUUGUAAUAUUACGGCGUUAUUUAUAGCAUACCCCAUAUGAUUCUACGAAUAGGCAAUGUAUUACAAAGUAGUAUCAUUUCUAGAACUGAUUAACUGUAGAUAACUUGUUAUUUGUUAAAGUGUUGGUGACUGAUUAUCGCCAUUCCUGUCGUGAUUUUUUAAUGGGGAUUUUUUUUCAGUAAAAUUUAUCUGUUUCAAAGCUGAACCGCGCACGCACACACACACGCACGCACACACACACACACACACACACACACACACACACACACACACACGCACGCACGCACACACACACACACACACACACACACACACACACACACACACACACACACACACACACACACACACACACGCACACGCACACGCACACGCACACGCACACGCACGCACACACACACACACACACACAGACGGAUUUUUUUAUGGUCCAUUCUAUAACUAUGACGAUACUUGGACUUGCCUUCUGAAUGUGUUCAAUAUUUCUCAUUUUACUGAUCAAUGUAAUAUAUAUCACUGUUCAUCACUAGGUUUGUUGUGUUAUACUUAUUGUGAUUCUAGAAAUUCGAUGUACGUAUUUUUUAUGAAAUAUUAAAUGUU